AUGUGUGGUCCUCAGUUGUGUGACCUUGUGUGUGGUCCUCAGGUGGUGCGUCUCUGUCAGAACCCCAAGGUGGCGCUGAAGAACAGUCCCCCGUACAUCUUGGACCUUCUGCCCGACACCUACCAGCACCUGCGCACGCUGCUGUCCCGCUACGAAGGCAAGAUGGACGUCCUAGGAGACAACGACUACUUCAGGGUCUUCAUGGACAACCUCAGCAACAAGACCAAGCAGACCAUGGGGCUGUUCAAGGAGGCCAAGGAGCGCAUGUACGAGGAGAACUCCCAGCCCAGGAGGAACUUGACCAAGCUGUCCCUGAUCUUCAGCCACAUGCUCGCUGAGCUCAAGGCCAUCUUCCCCAACGGUCUGUUCCAGGGAGACAACUUCCGCAUCACGAAAGCCGACGCUGCGGAGUUCUGGAGGCGUUCGUUUGGAGACAAGACCAUCGUGCCCUGGCGUGUGUUCCGCCAGGCGCUCCAUGAGUUCCACCCCAUCAGCUCCGGUCUGGAGGCCAUGGCCCUGAAGUCCACCAUCGACCUAACCUGCAACGACUAUAUCUCAGUGUUUGAGUUUGACAUCUUUACCCGACUCUUCCAGCCGUGGUCCUCCCUGCUGAGGAACUGGAACAGUCUGGCUGUCACUCAUCCUGGAUACAUGGCGUUUCUGACCUACGACGAAGUCAAGGCACGACUGCACAGAUUCAUCCACAAACCUGGCAGCUACAUCUUCAGGCUCAGCUGUACCCGUCUGGGGCAGUGGGCCAUCGGGUACGUGACCGCGGACGGCAACAUCCUGCAGACCAUCCCCCACAACAAACCUCUGUUCCAGGCCCUCAUCGAUGGAUACAGGGAGGGAUUUUACCUGUUCCCAGACGGUCGCGCUCAGAACCCAGACCUGAGCGGACUGUGUGAACCGUCUCCUCAGGACCACAUCAAAGUCACACAGGAGCAGUAUGAGUUGUACUGUGAGAUGGGCUCCACGUUCCAGCUCUGUAAGAUCUGUGCAGAGAACGACAAAGACGUGAAGAUCGAGCCGUGUAGACACCUGAUGUGUACUUCCUGCCUCACAGCCUGGCAGGAGUCUGAGGGUCAGGGCUGCCCGUUCUGUCGCUGUGAGAUCAAAGGUACAGAGCCCAUCGUGGUGGACCCCUUUCACCCGAAGGCGAGUGGACUGUCCUUCUCCUUCCACCAGGGGGCGAGAGCCGAGGGGGCAAGAGCCGAGGCUGCGACCAAUGACGACGAGGACGACGACCGACUGGAGGAGCAGAUCCUCGCCAUGAGCCGCCUGGCCUGCUCCAAGGUGGAGCGGCCCCCCUCCCCAGUGUCCCAGCUCCCCCCUGUGCCCCCCCGCCUAGACCUGCUGCAGCAGAGGCCUCAGACAGCCCCCACCAAGACGUCCAGCCACAGAGACAAACCUCUGCCUGUGCCCCCCGCCCUCAGAGAGCUGCCCCCCCCUCCCCCCCCAGAGCGCCCUGUGGCAGUGGGACAGAGACGGCCCCUCCCUCUUACUCCUGACCUCCAGCCGGCCUGGGCCUCCAACUACAUGGUCCCACGGCCCGCCACCAAGGCCCCCCUCUCCGGGACUCACACCGCCACAAACGCAGUCUACUGUCUGUCAGCCAGUUCUCUGUCCAGUGCUGAGCGAGCCGCCUUUGACUCUGAGGUGAACGAGUACAUGAGUCCCAGCUCCCUCCCGGCCCCUGGGGCCCCUGGAGGCCCCUGGUUCCUGGGCUCCAUGGUCCCCCCUGCCCCCAGUCAGAUCCAGCCGGCGCCUGAACCCAGUGAGGCAGCAGACAGUGACUCUGAUGAGCCUCAGGUCUAUGAGUCCAUGUCCAACAUCCAGGAGCGCGCUGCUGCGGACCCCCUCCCAGAGUCCCUGUGCUCAGCGGAGGACACACUCCAGGACAACGGUCAGGAUCAGGAGAGUAUCUAUGAGUAUGCUGUCCCCCGGCCUGUGGCCCCCCUCACCCCUGGGGCCCCCCUCACUCCUGUGCCUGCCUCCCGCAGACCUGUCCCAGAAGUGGAGCCGUCUGAACCUCUGCAGACAGAAGCAGAGGAUUCUGAGCUCCCACCCAGACCCCUCCCCAGACGGGCCAACUCUGAGCGCCUCCAGCCUCGCCCUGGGACCCCCUCUGGCCAGAGCCUCCAGCCCCGCCCUGGGACCCCCUCUGGCCAGAGUCUGUGCCUGGGACCCGGGCCUCUGCAGGGGGGACCCGGGCCUCUGCAUGGGGAGAUCGAGUGCCUGGUGUCUCAGGGAUACUCCCUGCAGGACGUACAGAAGGCUCUGCUCAUCGCUCAGAACAACCUGGAGACGGCCAAGAACAUCCUCAGAGAGUUUGUCUCCAUCAGCAGCAGCACGCAUGUGGCCACGUAA